UUUGUAACCACAUACAUGUACUGUUCACUCCGGUGCUCUGGCAGGGUAAACUGAAGCACAGGGUACGAUGGGAUCGAUGGGCGAUGUACGAAGCCUGUCUCGGCGCAUGGUACGGCCGGAGCCAACGUCCUUGCGGCCGCUAGAGCCGAAGACCAUCCACCUGACGCCAUGGGAUCUCAAGAAUAUCACCGUGGAGCACAUCCAGAAGGGCAUCCUCCUGCCCAAGCCUCCCACCACCGGAGGACACGUCGACGUUGAGCGUCUCGCUUCUUCCUUUGCGGGCGCCAUUGGCCGCUUCUACCCUUAUGCCGGACGCCUCGUCGUCGCCGUCGCGCCUCAGAGCCAGAGCCUCAUCAUUUCGCUCCGCUGCAGCGGCGAGGGCGCCGAGUUCAUCCACGCCAUGGCACCGGCCAUCACCAUCGCCGACGUCACCGCCUCGCCCGUCGUUCCGCGGGUGGUCUGGUCCUUCUUCCCACUCGACGGGCUACUCGGUGUGGACGCCGCUGCGGGCUCACGCCCGGUCCUAGCGAAGCAGGUCACGGAGCUCGCUGACGGCGUCUUCAUCGCCGUGUUGAUGAACCACGGCACCGCCGAUGGGACAACAUUCUGGCAGUUCUUCAACACCUGGUCGGAGCUAAGCCGUGCCGGCGCCGGCGACGAUGUCAUAAACUCCAUGCCGUUGCCGGUCUUCGACAGGAGUUUCGUUGGCAGCUGCUGCGCCGUGCCCAUCCCUCUACCUAGCCGUCGAGGUUGCCUGACACUACCCUUCGGGAAGCUGGAUGACGUCGUCGGCCAGCGUGUACACUUGUUCCCGCCGGUGCAAGAAUGCUUCGUCCAUUUCUCUGCAGCGAGCGUAAAGGAGCUCAAGGCGAAGUCGAACGCUGAGAUGUCCGGCUCCGGCACCGGUAGCACCAUCUCCUCGCUGCAGGUCCUCCUCGCGCACCUGUGGCGCGCCGUUUGCCGAGCCCGGCGGCUCUCGCCGGACCAGGAGACGGCGUACAUUGUCCUUGUGGGAUACCGUGUACGCGUUGGUGGCAUACCGGCAUCUUACGCUGGCAAUGCGGUGGGGAUCAUCACUGCCAAGUCCACUGCCGGCGACAUCGUUGGCAAGGGCCUGGGAUGGGCGGCAUGGCUCCUGAACCGUGCCGUGGCGUCGUGCGACGAAGCCAGCACUAGGGACAAGCUCGCGUCCUGGCCCCAGGAGCCUAGCUUCAAUUGCCUGCCCGCGAUCGUGGCCGCCGUUCCCACGAGAACGUUCACAGGGAGCUCGCCGAGGUUCGACGUGUACCGGAACGACUUCGGGUGGGGCGCGCCGGUGGCCGUCCGGAGCGGCUCGGGGAACAAGGUGGAUGGGAAGGCGACUGUGUAUGCAGGCCGAGCCGGCGGAGGGAGCAUGGCGCUGGAGGUGUGCCUCGCUCCAGAGGCGCUCGCUAGGCUCGUCGCCGAUGAGGAGUUCAUGAGCGCAACCAGUACCGUUGAAUAAUGACUCACCGUGUCUCUCUUUUGCAGCAAAAAAAUUAACAGUACUAGUCGGAUCAAUCAUCUUCGAUGACUACUGCUAUCAACGAGGUUGAACCGAAAGCAAAUUAAUGCACAAUUUGGUUUAUUAUAGGCCGACUAGACUAGAUUUCUAGAUGGUUCUAUGUUCUAGCAAGCAAGCAGCCAUAGUACA